AUGGGACAGUCUCCGCAGAUUUGGCAAAUGCCAAAUCCCCCACAGAUCACUGCUGGAGAGCUGAAAAAGAAGGUGUCAAUCAUGAGCCAGCCAGAGUGCUCCAUCUGCUACAACACCUACGACAAUGUCUUCAAAACACCCAAGCUGCUGGACUGCACUCACACCUUCUGCCUGGAGUGCCUCUCCCGCCUCAUGGCAGUCUCGCUGGCUGACCAGGAUGGUAACGGCGACAGCCCUCAACUCUCUUGCCCCUUCUGCCGUCACCCCACCAAGCUACCCGAGGAGGGACCCCCGGCCCUCGCAACCAGCCGCGAGGUCCUCCGCAAGCUGCCCGGGCACCAGCAGCAGGAGGAGCCAGUGUGGCUGGAGGGGGAGAAGCUGUGCUAUAAAAGCUCCAGGCAACACACCAGCUUGGACGCCCCUGAAAGCCCCACAGCCUUCUGCAUCUGCAUCGACAUUGGGGCAAGCAAGACAUUGGAUGCUCCGAUUCAGACGGUGCCCAGCAGGACUCUGGGCCGGCUGACAAGCUGGAAGAGGAUGGUGCUCUUCAUGGUGCUCAUCGUGCUGCUUAUUGUAGUUGUGUUGUGGCCACUGCAGUGUGUAUUCAGCACUGGGAACAUGCGCUGUACGCGAGAUCAGUUUCCGGCCGACCCCACUACCACAACAACCACUAGCCCGUUCACCAGAGCACCGGGUCUGACAGAGUGA